UCGGCCGGCGGCGGGAGCGGCUGCGCUCGGCUCGGCUCGGCUCGGCUGUGCCCGGCUCUGCCCUGCCCGCUCCGCUGCCGGCGGCGCUGCGCGGGCUCCCCGCGGUGUCCCCGGCGCCGCCAAUGCCGGCGGCCGCUGGCGGCGGCGGGGCCGCGGCCGGGUGAGGCGGCGGCGGCGGAGCGCGGCGGUGCCGCGGGCCCGCGCCCUCCCGCACGAUGUCAGCGCAGGGCAAGUUCAAGAAGGACAAAGAGAUCAUCGCCGACUACGAGGCGCAGGUCAAAGAAAUCCGAACGCAGCUGGUGGAGCAGUUCAAAUGCCUGGAGCAGCAGUCGGAGUCGCGCCUGCAGCUGCUGCAGGACCUGCAGGAGUUCUUCCGCAGGAAGGCCGAGAUCGAGCUGGAGUACUCGCGCAGCCUGGAGAAGCUGGCCGAGCGCUUCUCCUCCAAGAUCCGCAGCUCCCGAGAGCACCAGUUCAAGAAAGAUCAGCACCUGCUGUCCCCUGUGAACUGCUGGUACCUGGUUCUGACGCAGACCCGCCGGGAGAGCCGAGACCACGCCACCCUGAACGACAUCUUCAUGAACAAUGUCAUCGUCCGGCUGUCGCAGAUCAGCGAGGAUGUCAUCAGGCUCUUCAAAAAGAGCAAGGAGAUUGGCCUCCAGAUGCACGAGGAGCUCCUGAAGGUCACCAAUGAGCUCUACACGGUGAUGAAGACCUACCACAUGUACCAUGCAGAGAGCAUCAGCGCCGAGAGCAAGCUGAAGGAGGCAGAGAAGCAGGAAGAAAAGCAGUUCAACAAGUCAGGGGACAUCAGUGUGAACCUGCUGCGACACGAGGACCGGCCUCAGCGGCGCAGCUCCGUCAAGAAGAUUGAGAAGAUGAAAGAGAAGAGACAAGCCAAGUAUUCUGAAAACAAGCUGAAGUGUACAAAAGCCAGGAAUGACUACCUGCUGAACCUGGCAGCCACCAACGCAGCCGUCAGCAAGUACUACAUCCAUGAUGUGUCCGACCUCAUCGACUGCUGUGAUCUGGGGUUCCACGCCAGCCUGGCUCGCACCUUCAGGACGUACCUGUCUGCUGAGUACAACCUGGAGACGUCGCGCCACGAGGGGCUGGACGUCAUCGAGAACGCCGUGGACAACCUGGACGCGCGCAGCGACAAGCACACCAUCAUGGACAUGUGCAACCAGGUCUUCUGCCCGCCGCUCAAGUUCGAGUUCCAGCCUCACAUGGGGGACGAGGUGUGCCAGGUGAGCGCCCAGCAGCCUGUGCAGACCGAGCUGCUGAUGCGGUACCACCAGCUGCAGUCUCGGCUGGCCACCCUCAAGAUAGAGAAUGAAGAGGUACGGAAAACGCUGGAUGCCACGAUGCAGACCUUGCAGGACAUGCUGACAGUGGAAGACUUUGAUGUUUCAGAUGCCUUCCAGCACAGCCGCUCCACUGAGUCGGUCAAAUCAGCUGCAUCAGAGACCUACAUGAGCAAAAUCAACAUUGCCAAGAGGAGAGCCAACCAGCAGGAGACUGAAAUGUUCUAUUUCACUAAAUUUAAGGAGUAUCUGAAUGGCAGUAACCUCAUCACGAAGCUCCAGGCUAAACAUGACCUGCUGAAGCAAACUCUGGGAGAAGGUGAAAGAGCUGAGUGCGGAACAACCAGGCCCCCAUGUCUUCCCCCUAAGCCACAGAAAAUGAGGAGACCUAGGCCUCUCUCAGUGUAUAAUCAUAAACUCUUUAACGGCAAUAUGGAAACAUUCAUUAAGGAUUCAGGACAGGCCAUUCCACUUGUUGUAGAAAGCUGCAUCCGCUACAUCAAUCUGUAUGGCCUCCAGCAGCAGGGCAUCUUCAGAGUCCCUGGCUCCCAGGUGGAAGUCAACGACAUCAAGAACUCGUUUGAGAGAGGAGAAGACCCCCUUGCUGAUGACCAGAAUGAACGGGACAUUAACUCAGUGGCUGGAGUCUUGAAGCUGUAUUUCCGAGGACUGGAAAACCCCCUCUUUCCUAAGGAAAGGUUUCAAGAUUUGAUAUCUACUAUAAAAAUUGAGAACCCUGCAGAGAGAGUGCACCAGAUCCAGCAGAUCAUUGUCACUCUGCCUCGGGCUGUCAUCGUGGUCAUGAGAUACCUCUUUGCAUUCCUUAACCACUUGUCACAGUACAGCGAUGAGAACAUGAUGGAUCCCUACAACCUGGCCAUCUGCUUCGGGCCCACGCUGAUGCACAUUCCCGACGGGCAGGAUCCGGUGUCCUGCCAGGCCCAUGUCAAUGAGGUCAUCAAAACCAUCAUCAUCCACCACGAGGGCAUCUUCCCCAGCCACCGGGAGCUGGAAGGGCCUGUCUACGAGAAGUGCAUGACCGGAGGGGAGGAGUACUGUGACAGCCCGCACAGCGAGCCGGGCACCAUCGAUGAGGUGGACCACGACAACGGGACAGAGCCGCACACCAGUGACGAGGGUGAGCUGGAGGUGGAGCAGAUUGAAGCCAUAGCCAAGUUUGACUACAUUGGGCGAUCUCCACGGGAGCUCUCCUUCAAGAAAGGGGCCUCGCUGCUGCUGUACCAUCGGGCGUCGGAAGACUGGUGGGAAGGGAGACACAACGGGGUGGACGGGCUCAUUCCCCACCAGUACAUCGUGGUGCAAGACAUGGACGACGCCUUCUCUGACAGCCUGAGCCAGAAGGCAGACAGCGAGGCGAGCAGCGGGCCGCUGCUGGACGACAAAGCCUCCUCCAAGAACGACAUCCAGUCACCAACAGAUCACAUCAUGGACUAUGGCUUUGGGGGAGUGAUGGGCAGGGUGAGAUUGAGGUCUGAUGGUGCAGCCAUCCCCCGGCGCCGCAGCGGGGGGGACACCCACAGCCCGCCCCGAGGCAUGGGGCCCGGCAUAGACACCCCUCCUCGAGCAGCAGCCUGCCCCAGCAGCCCCCACAAGAUCCCCCUCAACAGGGGCAGGAUCGAGAGUCCUGAGAAGCGCAGGAUGGCGACGUUCGGCAGCGUGGGCAGCAUCAAUUUCCCAGACAGGAAGGCCCUGGCUGACAGCCACCCUCUGAGGUCGACCUGCGGCUCCACCCGGCACAGCAGCCUUGGAGAUCAGAAAUCCCUGGAAGCAGAAGCUCUUGCUGAGGACAUCGAGAAGACCAUGAGCACGGCGCUGAACGAGCUGCGGGAGCUGGAGAGGCAGAACACGGCCAAGCAGGCGCCCGACGUGGUCCUGGACACGCUGGAGCCCCUGAAGAACCCCCCGCUGGGCGCCGCCAGCUCGGAGCCGGCCAGCCCCCUGCACACCAUCCUGAUCCGGGACCCCGAGGCGGCCAUGCGGCGCAGCAGCAGCUCCACCAGCGAGAUGAUGACCACCUUCAAGCCGGCGCUGUCGGCCCGGCUGGCCGGGGCGCAGCUGCGGCCGCCGCCCAUGCGGCCGGUGCGGCCCGUGGUGCAGCACCGCUCCAGCAGCAGCAGCAGCUCGGGCGUGGGCAGCCCCGCCGUCACCCCCACCGAGAAGCUGUUCCCCAGCAGCUCGGCAGAUAAAUCGGGCACCAUGUAGGCUGGGCACGGGGACUGCGGACGCCGGGAGCGGGGCGGGCGCGGCGGAGCCUCGCUGGCUGGGCAGGGGGGCAGAGCCCUGCCCGGGGAGCCUCUGUGCAAGGAAACACGCGUGGGGCCUGGGCCUGGUGCUGUACAUACGUGUGUGUGUAUGUACCUAGGUGUGCACACACCCCAUCCAUGCAGAACCACUUCCCGAGCUUGCAGUCCUACAGCAGGAGGAGACGGCAGGUCUACGUGUUGGCACUGGAGAGCACACUCAGUGUAGAAGUAUAUAUUAGAAACAAAGUGUACAGAAUUCAGUGACUUUUUAAAACAGUAGAUUUACCUCAGAAACUGGCUCUGAAAUGUCCUCUCUUGAGACAGUGGGUUGGUCUGGGUUUCCAAGGUUGUCUGUGUGCACCUGGAAGCUCACACUGCAGCAGCUGUGCGCCAAGCAAUACAAGGCCAGCCUGGAAUUUAUCUUCUGUACCUCUUGGCAUUGAAAAAAAAGAAGGGAUGGGAAUACAAGUGGGGUCUGUUCACUGCUGGGCUGUGGAGAAGAGCUGGAAAUCCAUACAUGACCAUGUGUGACUGGCCAGCAGGAGUCUUUCCAAUCCUGAAUCCUGAGAUGUCUUCAUGUGCCUGUGAUGCCCUGGCAGCAGGGACAAACCUAGGUGUGUGCCAUGGGUGGGAAUGGAGUGAAGUGAGUGUCAUGAGUGGGACAGAGUGAGGCGUGUGCCAUCACCCUCGUGCAGGAGGACGCUGUGCUGCACUGGGACUGUGGAAUGCUGCUUCUCUGCAAGUUCUCAGAGUGAGCAAGGACUAGUGACCAAACCUGUGGUAAAGCAUGGAGUAACUUAGAGUUUGGAGAUUCUUCAUCUCCCUUUCCCCACGUGCUUUUUCCUUUUUUUUUUUUUUUUUUUUUAAAUCAAAACCCAACCCAGUGGUCUCUUGAGAGUCAGGCCUGAGCAGUGAGGAGGGGUCUCAGGUCAGAGUGGUUGUCCUGCAUGAGAAGCAUGAGCCGUGUUUGACCUCAUCAGAUGCAAAGCUGAUCUGAUGGGUGAUACUUUGCACUUUCUGUACUGUACCAUAUAAUACAACAGUUUGAGUUUAUGCAAAAGAAUCUACAUUUUGUUUUACCAGAGAAAAAAAUAUGCAGAAGGCUGGGGAUUGCAUGGUCCUGUGUGAUAAUCCAGACUCCUCUGUAAGCACUGAAUCUGAGAUGCUCCGUGCUUCUCCUGCAGCUUUUCCUUGUACAGAUUUCCAUGCAAUGCCCCAUGGUUUGAUUUGGCACUUCCCCAUGGUCACGUGCUAAUGUCUCCUGACAUUCACCCUUCCUCCCUGCUGUCUCUGAUCCUGCUGCUCUGUGCCUGGGCGAAGACGCCUGCAAGCCCUCCUGACUCACCCAGCAGCCACUUACCCUGCCUGGGGCUUUGCUUUGUCCCCCCCUUCAUCUUCCUCAUCUCUCCAGCACUGCUGCGGACCCCAGCUCUGCAGGAGAAGCAGCCUGACUUCUGGAAGCAGCGGAGGCACUGCCCAGGGUGGCAGAACCCGUCAGUCCUGCCGUGGCCCGUGUGUCCUCGGCUGGGGAGCUGCCACGCGUGCAGACUGCCUGUACACUGACACCUGUACCCGUGUGCCUGUGCUUCCACAGCUGCACCCACACCUCACCUCCACGGCUGCGCCCUGUGCACGGGCACAGAGCUGACACCGCAGCCGUGGGACCGGCGGGUGCCCGUCGCGUGCCCGGCCCCCGCGUCCCCUCGCGCCCCGCUCUGCCAGCCCUGUAAAUAUUGCUGUACUUGCUUAUCUGCUCGAAAGUAACUGUUAACCUGUAAACUGUACAAAAAUAGGCUCAAAUUAGAUAAAGCCAAUGCCACUCAACAAAUCUUUGCACUUAGUAGGUAGCUCAAUGUAAAAAUAAACCCAGUAAUAAUAAUAGUAAUCGCGAAGGGAAGCGAAGCCGCCGGCACCCCUCGCAGAGCCCGUGGGGAGCAGCUCUGCCCAUGUCCCUCCCUGCCACGCUGGCAGGGCAGACGGCGUGUGUGCGUGUCUGUGAACGUCCUCGGCGUUUGGUUCACGUUGGUGUUUAUUUCUCCAUCACCCCCUUUCCUGGCGCAGCCCCUGGGCACUGCCCGGCCUGGCGCGGCGGCUGCGGGUGCUCGGCCAGGCCGGGCUGGUCGGGGACCUGUGCUGGGGAGGGAAGGACCCAUUUGGCACGAGUGCUGUGUGGCCAUUGCCAGUAAUUAUUACUUUUGUUUCCAUUUAGUUCCUGGAGAACAUUCACUUUGCCAGUUUUCUGGUUUUUGUAUGCUUUCUGAGAUGACUUGAGAGCAAACCCAUCUUCAUUAGGGGUUUUAUUUCCUCCCUUACUUUUGACCAUACGGUACAAAUUCCAGUGUCUUUCUAUUAAAUUAUUGCCUUCCA